AUGGAUUCCGACGAUGAUACUGACACCAACAAGCUGUUGCUGGGCGGCGGCGACGAACCCUUUCGGCUCCAGCCAUUAGAAAGACUCGAAGGGCUAAUCAGCGAGAUCAACAACAUCCAGGCCGCGUUGCCAGAGCUUGUAACCCUACGCAAUGGUAUGGAGAUACUCCACCGUCAAAAUAUUAACCUCUGUGUCCGAGUAGCUAUGGGGGAGAUAGUGGCAAACUCUGGCACCGAAGAUCCAGUUUCGAAAGAAAACAGAGCCAAAGAUGCGAAGGAUUUCGAAGAUCUGGGUGAAAGUAUUGCCAAAUUACAAUUUCGUCUUGAGCAACUGUCUAGCACAUCAGCAUACAAGAGGCUUUUGCAGCGAAAGCAGGAGCUCGAAUCAGAUCUCAGAAUGGAAAGUGCGAAGGUACAAGCAAAGGAAGAAGCCAUAGUUGACUCCAUGAUGAUCAGAGAGAGUCUGGAGAGAGAUUUGGUAAGACUUCAUGAAGAUCACAGCGCAGCAAGUACAACCAACGUCAAAAGUGUCAAAGCUCUAGAAGACAGAGUAAAAGAGGUCGAAAGCUCUUUGGACCGAGCUGCGAGAAAGUAUGCAGACUUGGAUCUGGACCACGGCAAACUUUUGGAGAAACUUCAAGGUAACAAUCAGAGCACCGCAAAAUGGACAGAUCAUAAGAAAGCUUUGGAAGCCCAAGUGGAGAUCCUGCGAGGAGAUAAAUCGAAGCUGGAAACUGAACUUAGCAGAUUACGAAGUCAAUCAAGGGCACUGCAAGCCGAAAAGGAAGACCUCAGUUGCCAGGAGGCGGACUCAGAACUGAGAAGACUCAGGACUGUCAAUUCGAAUGUCCGAAGCGAAACCAUAAGGUUGAAGACCAUAGUCCGAGAACUUGAAGACAAGGCUAGCAUCGCAGAGAGACUGGGACCGAAGGUCAACGAGGAGCUGGAGCGUCAAAAAAGGAAAAAGAACCAGUGGAAGGAGUACGCCAAUCAACUCAAGCAGUCUCUUGAAGAGAAAGAGGCGGAGUUAGAAAAGGCCCAGGCAGACAAUCAUGGACUUGCAACAGAGCUCAAGCGAAUCUAUGAUCGCGCCAAGCAAGACGCUGCCAAUAUCUCCCGUCUGUAUUUAUCACACACAGAUGAAGCACAAGAUGAGGCUGGCGAUGAGGGCGAAGACGAAGCGGAGAAUGGAGGCGAAGAUGCGAAUGAUACAGGGGAUAGUUGCAGGCUGCCUGCUCUACAGGGCUUCAAGCAGCCAGUCUAUAAUAUGGUGGUGGGGUAUCGCGAUGCGGGCGGCCCACGACGUCGUGUCUCACAGGGAAAUGUACCGCAGGACGAUUCCGAGAUGCCAGACGUAGCUCUGAAGCCCAAGUCUGAGAAUUUGGUGCCUCCUGGAUACUCAAUUGUCAAAGAGCAUUUGAGGAAAAUCUCCGACCGCACGUCCCGUCCAAAGGUCGUGUCAUCAGGCGAUGCUGGAGGCUCUUGAAGCUACUUCUGCAUUGAAGUUGAGUUUGAUCGACCUUUUCAUGUGUGCAAGAGUAAUUCACAGCAGGAAAUCGAAUACUGGUAAAGUACAAUCGGAAAUGUACAGAGAAGGGCCCUGGCAGUAGUCUCCCAUGCAACAAACCGAAGCUGACUGAUA